CGGGCCGGGCUGCCGGUCCCUCCUCCCCGAUCCCCCGCCGCUCCCCCUCCGCUCCUUCCCGUUCCCUCCCGUUCCCUCCCCGCCUCCCUGCGCAGCGCGAACAUGGCGGCGGCGGCGGCGGCGAGGGACUGAGCAGCGCCAGCGCUCGGCGGCCGCGCAGGUUUUGCUAUGCCGCAGUGUUUGUACUGACUCUGCUGUCUUGUAGGAGUGAUGGGGAACUAGAGCCCAUGACAGUUCAGUGGAGCCCUUGGCACUUUUGAUAUCUCGACAUCUUCAGCUCUGUAAGAGCAGCCCAGUCCCUGGAUCAGGACAGCAGCAGGUGGUAGAAUGCGGAAACCAGGCCCUCAGAAAGCCAUAGACUGGAAAGAUGGUAAAAAGCACAAGUACAGCCGCCUGUCAGAGUCUCCCUCCCAGUACCAAGGUCACUUCACCUGGGAGAAGUACCUGAAAGAAACAUGUGCCAUCCCAGCUCCUGCCCAUUGUUUCAAGCAGUCCUACACUCCACCUGCAAACGAGUUCAAGAUCAGCAUGAAGCUGGAGGCCCAGGACCCGCGGAACACCACGUCCACGUGCAUCGCCACCGUGGUGGGGCUGACGGGCGCGCGCCUGCGCCUGCGCCUCGACGGCAGCGACAACAAGAACGACUUCUGGAGGCUGGUGGACUCUGCUGAGAUCCAGCCCAUUGGCAACUGUGAGAAGAAUGGAGGGAUGCUGCAGCCUCCACUGGGCUUCCGGCUGAAUGCCUCCUCCUGGCCCAUGUUCCUUCUGAAGACUCUAAAUGGAGCAGAGAUGGCUCCUGUCCGGAUUUUUCACAAGGAACCACCAUCUCCUUCCCAAAACUUCUUCAAGACAGGUAUGAAGCUGGAGGCAGUGGACAGGAAGAACCCUCACUUCAUCUGCCCGGCCACCAUUGGGGAGGUGAGAGGUUCUGAGGUCCUCAUAACAUUUGAUGGCUGGAGAGGUGCCUUCGAUUACUGGUGCCGAUAUGAUUCCCGGGACAUCUUUCCCGUAGGCUGGUGUUCGCUGACUGGAGAUAAUCUGCAGCCCCCUGGUACAAAAGUUGUGAUUCCAAAGAGCCCUUUACCUGCCUCCGAAGUAAACUCGGAGAAACCUAGCAUGCACAGUAGCACAAAGACUGUUUUGGGGCAUCAACAAGGGCAAAGGCGUCGCAAAACAGGGAAGAAGCGUGGUCGAACGACCAAAGCGCUAAUCCACCACCCCAUGCCUACACCCUCCAAGUCAGUGGAGCCUUUGAAAUUCCCCAGAAAGAGAGGCCCCAAGCCUGGCAGUAAGAGGAAACCUAGGACAUUGCUGAACCCAGCACCCACCUCUCCAACAACCAGUACCCCAGAGCCAGACACAAGCACUGUGCCCCAGGACGCUGCUACAAUCCCCAGCUCUGCCAUGCAGGCUCCCACAGUUUGCAUUUACUUGAACAAGAACGGCAGCACUGGGCCCCACCUAGACAAGAAGAAAGUUCAGCAGCUGCCAGACCAUUUUGGACCAGCUCGAGCUUCUGUUGUCCUGCAGCAAGCAGUACAGGCCUGCAUUGAUUGCGCUUAUCAUCAGAAAACAGUCUUCUCCUUCUUAAAACAAGGCCACGGGGGAGAGGUCAUCUCAGCUGUGUUUGAUCGGGAACAGCACACUCUGAACCUGCCAGCAGUAAACAGUAUCACCUACGUCCUCCGCUUCCUGGAGAAGCUGUGCCACAAUCUGCGCAGUGACAACCUCUUUGGGAACCAGCCUUUCACUCAGAACAGCCACAUGCAGCGCUCACACGAGUACGACCACGACAGGUAUCUACCAGACAGAAGCAGUUCCUUAGACGGCUCUCUGCAGGGACCAGGCCGGGGUACAAAGCGCUUUUCCCAAGAUCCCCCUCCAUACAGUGCUCCUCUCUCCCCCAAGUUACCAAAGAAUGACCGUCACCCUUUGGAAGGUGAAACCUUUGUCCUGGGAGAUGGCCUCCCAGGGCCCUUAGAGCCUCGCCUGGACCCCAUGGACUCUGCCUUGAACUCUGUCAAUUCAUCCAGCCACAGCAGGAGCUCCAGAGACUUUCGCCUGCCAGGAUACAGGCACCUGCACCAGCCCUCUAGCCUCAGCCAGGGCAGCACCUCUGCCCUGCGCAGGCUUAGCUCUGGGGGCUCCGACAGGUACCUGGGCUCCCGGGACAGCUCCCGCCUCGGCAGCCGUGACCCCUCCUCCUGGACGGUGGAGGAGGUGAUGCAGUUCAUCCGGGAGUCAGACCCGCAGCUGGGCCCCCACGCUGACCUCUUCCGAAAGCACGAGAUCGACGGCAAAGCCCUGCUCUUGCUGCGGAGCGACAUGAUGAUGAAGUACAUGGGGCUGAAGCUGGGGCCGGCCCUGAAGCUCACUUACCACAUCGACAAGCUAAAGCAAGGCAAGUUCUGAGAGGACUGGUGGCAGGACGGACCCCGGCAGCUCCGCUCGCGGCGCCCCUCCCGCGCUCACCGGCACCGGUUCGCAUGCACACACCCCUCCAUGGACACCGCCGGGCCUCGGCCCCGCCGCCCCGCAGGAGCCCGGCACGGCCCGGCUUGCACCAGACUCGAGCUGUGGGCGCUGGAAGCGGAGGGUCCCUUCCCUGCUGCCCAGCCUGCACUUCUCCGUGAGCUCCUGGGAUGGAGCAGCUCCAGGCAGCGCCCCCGGGCACCGGGUGUUGGCUCAGCCUGGCCCUGAGCCUGCCCAGCCUCCAGGGGCUCGGUGCCCGCAGCCUGCCCUCAGCCCUGGCACCACAGUGAGCUCAGAGCCGUGACAGCCAGCCCUGGCUCCAAACGGGGAGCCCAUCCAUCCUGCCCCCAGUGCUGACCUGGCUUCAGCUGGGCACAGCGGGCUGGGGCCCUUCACAUCCAUUCCAGACUGGGGAGGCCGUGUGGGAGCGUGGAGAGAGCUGAGAGCAGGGCUGGGCCUGGCGUGCCCCUGGGCUGGUGUUGGAGGCUGCCUGGAUGCUGCAGGACUCAGCUGAUCCUUCUCGCCUUUUUUUAAUUUUCUUUUUAAUUUGGAAUUCUUUUUUUUUUUUUUUUUUAACUAAGGAAUUGUCUGUUUCAAACGAUGAGAUGAUUUUUCUACCUGUGUUGAACUCGCAGCUCUUGGUGGUUUUUAGCCAGAGCUGCUAAGGUUUGUCUUCCCAGGGGCACUCCUGCUCCUCUAGAGUUUUGGUAUGUCCCAGCUCAGCGUGUGUGAGGGUUUUGGGUCUGGCCAGAGCAUCCCAGGGUGGGGGCCUGUCCCGGCAUCGCCCCUCCUCUGGGGCUUUCCCCUCCCCAAGGCACCUGUUGGUCUCAGGCAGUAUAAUGUAUUUAUUUUUGAUGGCACUUGAGUGCUUCCCGUGGUCCCAGCCAUGUUUCUGCAGCUGCACGAGGAGUGUCAGAGUGGAGCCAGCAGCUGUGCCAGUGCAGUGUCCCCUGGACAGCAGCUCAGGGCUGCCCGGACCCCAGAGCAUCACUGGCACCAGCCUGGCCUGGGCUGGGACAGGGCUGGCAGGACAGGGCUGAUGGGGCCAGCACGGGCUGUCCCCAGUGUGUGCCACACACACACACACACACCUCAGCAGCUUCCCUGCAGUGACCAAAGGGCUGGGACGGAAUCUCCACUCCAAGCACUUCCUUCUCCUGUCCACAGCUCACCCUCCCUGCAGCCUCGAGGGCCUGGCCAGCAGCAGGACAGGCCCCUGUGGUGACCAACCCUCCAGGCUCUUGCACUGAGUCAGGUUUACCCCUAAGGGGCAAAGUUGCAAAAAAAAAAAAAAAAAAAAAAAGAAAGAAAAAAUAGCCCAAACCCUAAAGUAAUAAAAAGGCAAAAUGGCUUUUUGUCCUGCAGCGGGGCUGGAGCUCUGGCUGCUCACGGGGCCCUCGGUGUGACCCGGCCCCGGCGGGGUCAGCCGUGCUUUCCUCUGCACUUAUUUUACUUGAUUUGUUUAUAAAUAAAAGGAUACCAAGUUC